AUGAGUGUCUUGCAUAUAUUACCGUCUGUAUUAAAUUUGACACGAGAUGAAGAAGAUGAAUUAUUAAGAAGUGUUGUUAACUUUUUGGGACAUCAACGUCGAGAAAAAUUUGCAUUUCCAUUACUGGUUACACUAUAUUCAUUUAUAUUUGCUACUGGAUUAACAGGAAAUUUUUGCACAUGUUUUAUCAUAUGGAAAAAUACCGAUAUGCAUACACCAACAAAUUUCUAUUUAUUUUCAUUAGCCGUUUCAGAUUUACUACUCAUCAGCUUAGGUCUAUCUGUUGAAAUGUAUAAUAUUUAUGAAUCAUGGCCAUGGAUAUUUGGUGAAGCAUUUUGUGUAUUUCGUACUGUCGUAUUAGAAAUUGUUACAUCUGCUUCCAUUUUGACUGUGUUAUGUUUUACUGUUGAACGUUAUUUGGCAAUAUGUUUUCCAAUGAUAUCACAAAAAGUUCUAGGAGGUUUAAGACGAGCGUUGAAAAUGAUUUUAAUUGUCUGGUUUCUAUCUUUUCUAUUAGCCGUACCAUACACAUUCACUGCUGGCGUUUUUGUCAGUGUAUCAGCUGAAAUUCGUAAUCAAACAGUACAAAUUUUAGAUAGUCGAAUAUGUGCUAUUAGACCAGAAUAUUGGGAGCCAAUGUUAUAUUAUAUGGCUGUAACAACAUUUCUAGUGUUUGUCAUCCCGAUAUUUGUUAUAAAUGUGCUUUAUAUUCUAAUGGGCAUUACAUUAUAUAAAACGAGUCGAAAACCAAUACAUAAACCAAAUCAAGCUACCGGUGAAAUUUGGAGAGAUAAAAAUAUUUCUAUGAUAAAAUCAAGACCAAGAAAUUCAAGACGAGCAGUAUUAAAAAUGUUAGUGGCCGUUGUUAUUGCAUUUUUUAUAUGCUGGGCUCCGUUUCAUACUCAACGUAUAUCGGCAUUUGUGACAAGAUUAUUAGAUAAAGCAAAUAAAAAUCAUACAUCAGACGCGGCAACAAAAUUUCAAGAAAUACUCUUUUUUACAUCCGGUAUACUGUACUAUUUGUCUGCUACAGUAAAUCCUGUUUUAUAUAAUAUUAUGUCCAAACGUUAUCGUAAUGGUUUUAAACGUACACUGUGUCGAUGGUCUAUCGCUACUCAGGCCAUAUCUUAUCGCCCAGUUCGAACAAAUACAUUACACAAUAGAUCGUACGAUCAUCUUAAUGGAAUCGGAAAUCAUAAUGAUAACUACAGAACGUUUCAUCAAAUGAAAUUAAUUCAACAAUCUCGUCCUAAUCGUUUAUCUUGUCCAACAGUGAAUACUGUGUUGAAACAACAUCCAUUACCCAUAUGUUAUUCUAAUACUCAAACAAAUAAAACAGCAUUAAUUACGCAACAAAAUAUGCAAAAUGGUACAACGUGCACUAUGCCAGCAUCACCAUCCAUUUAUCAUCAUCCUUAUUCAGAAAUAAAUAGUCAAUCACCUCAACGACAAAUAUCUCGACGAGAUACACUAUUCACAUUUUCAAUGUCUAAAUAUAAAUUUGUUAUCGGAUCAAGAACAUUUAAAUCGCAUGAUUUUCCGUCUACGUAUAUAAUACCAUCAACAAAUUUACGUAACUCACGUCGAUCUAAAUCAUUAAACAAUCGUCGAUGUAAAUCAGAAAAAUUUCGUUCAUAUCAUUAUCGCUUUUCUAUUGAACCAAAUCAAAUAUCACAACUGCGAAAAUUUUCCAUGAAUUCUGUUGCUGAUCGAUCUAAUCUGACUAACAGUAACAGUUUAAAUAAACCUCCAAAACAUUUUCCUCACACAUUAUUUACAAACACUCCACCAACACCGUUUAAUUCAGCGUCAUCACAAAAUGGAUCAAUACCGUUGGAUAAUUUAGCAAAAAUUCCGACAAUUAUUCCUCAUUUUGCUAUACCAAAACAAAAUGACGGCGAGCAUUCAUCGUCGUCAGCUAAUGGAUCAUUAUUUUUAAAAAAAUAA